AUCGGUCGAAAAAACCCAUUAAUAAGUAAAGAAGAAAUUAGUGAUAUACAAAAGAUAAGUGGUUUGUAAGAAAGAAAAUAAAAAAUGGCAACCUUUGUUCCCGAUGCAGAAAACGUUAAAGCAAAGGCUUUGCAAGCUUUUGUCCAAGAAUUUGGUGUCGAAGCAGUCAUUUGUGCUUGUGCACCUGGUCGCGUGAAUUUAAUUGGCGAACAUACGGAUUACAAUGAAGGAUUUGUAUUGCCAAUGGCAUUACCUAUGGUCACAAUAAUAGCUGGAAGACCAAAUAAUAGGAAAGAUUGUAAGAUUAUUUCUCUUAAUGAAAAUAUUGGUUCAUUACGCCAAGUUGAAUUUGAUAUCAGUGUUAAAGAAAAUAUAAAAACAGGAGAACCCAAGUGGGCUAAUUAUAUAAAAGGAUGUAUUGCAUAUUUUCCAUAUGAUUUGUCUGGCUUUGAUGCCGUGAUAGUCUCAACAGUACCUGUAGGAGCAGGUUUAAGUAGUUCUGCUGCUUUAGAAGUGGCAACGUAUACAUUUCUUGAAGCAAUGACUGGUCAUAAACUGGAAAAAACUGAAGACAAGGCUUUAGCAUGUCAACGAGUAGAACAUGAUUUUGCUGGAGUACCAUGCGGUAUAAUGGAUCAAUUCAUUUCUGUGAUGGGAAAGGAAGGUUGUGCACUUCUCUUAGAUUGUAGAGAUCUGUCAACCAAACAUAUACCUAUGAAAGAAAUAAAUGAUUAUGUUUUUCUAAUUACAAAUUCAAAUGCACCUCACAAAUUAAGUAGUAGUGCUUAUUGCAAACGUAGAGAUUGUUGUUACGAGGCUGUAAAAAAGCUUAACAUAAAGAGCUUAAGAGAGGCAACAAUAGAUAGUAUUGAUGUGCUAAAAUCACAGAAUGUCUCUGAAGAGAUGUUGAAAAGAGCUCGUCAUGUAAUCAAUGAAAUUCAAAGGACAAUCAAUGCUACAGUUGCUCUUGAAAAGGGUGAUUUUGUACAGUUUGGUCAUUUAAUGAAUGAAAGUCAUGAAUCUUUACGAAAUGAUUAUGAGGUGUCUUCCAAGGAACUUGAUACUUUGGUAGCUGCAGCUAGAGAAGUUAAUGGUGUUUUAGGAAGUCGUUUAACUGGAGCAGGUUUUGGUGGUUGCACUGUUACUUUAUUAGAAAAAAGAGCAAUUGAUAAUGUCAUUCAAAAUAUAAAAGCAAAGUAUACAGGAACUCCAUCUUUUUAUAUUGCAAAACCAGCAAAUGGAGCAAGAGAAAUGGAUAUAAAGUGCUAAAUAUAAAGAAAUGAAAUUGGGAAGAAAAGAUAUGUAAUAACAAAGGAACAAGAAUCUUUAUAAUGCAAUUUUCAACUAGAAGGACAAGGGUAUGUAGUGAUAUUUAAGAAUAAAAAAUGAUAACAAUAUUGAAACUUCAUAAAAAAUUGUAUUGUUAAUAUAAGAACAUAAUUUGUCUUCUGAUGAAUGAACUCUGAUUAUGUGAUUUUAAAAUGUAUAGUUUUGUUAUAUGCACUUGUACGUGUAAACGUAAUCUGUUAAUGAAAAGAAAUUCUUUACUAAUAUGUUUAUAUAGAAAUAUUUUCAAUAUACAUAUAGUCUAAAGUAAAUAGAAUAACAAAGGAAGGAUAGGAACUAAACGAUUCCUUGUUUUAAAAACUAUGUACAAAUUUCUUAUAUCUCUAUUAGGUAUGGGAAGUAAGUACACAUUUUAUUUGUAAAAAUAAGAUGGACAUUUGAGGCAUACCAAAGAAUUCUUAGUAUAUAUCAAGUACUUAAGAAUUGUAACAUUUAAUAAUACGAUGUAUAAUAAAAGGUAUUGUUACGAA